GGUAAAGACGCCACGCUUCGGCUACAUAGCGGAUCCCGCAGGCUCGGAGCUUCCGUGACCCGCUCGGCGCAUGGCGUCCCAGGGUCAUCGGCGGAGGCCGCCGCGGAGGCCGGAGACGGUGGUGCGGGGGGAGGCGGCCGAGACCGAUUCGGAGCUCUCUGCGUGCUCUUCGGAGGAGGAGCUGUACCUGGGUCCUACGGGCCCGACGCGCGGACGCCCCACGGGGCUGCGGGUGGCCGGGGAGGCCGCGGAGACUGACUCGGACUCGGAGCCGGAGCCGACGGCCGCGCCAAGGGACCUGCCUCCUCUCGUGGUGCAGCGGGAAUCGGUCGGGGAGGCCUGGGGCACGGAGGAGGCCCCGGCAUCCGCCCCUGCGCGCUCGCUGCUGCAGCUCCGACUGGCCGAGAGUCAGGCGCGGCUGGACCACGACGUGGCGGCCGCUGUGAGCGGCGUGUACCGCCGUGCGGGCCGCGACGUGGCCGUCCUGGCUAGUAGGCUGGCGGCCGCCCAGGCGGCUGGGCUGGCGGCGGCCCACAGCGUGCGCCUGGCUCGGGGGGACCUCUGCGCGCUGGCCGAGCGCCUGGACAUCGUGGCUGGCUGCCGCCUGCUGCCGGACAUCCGUGGUGUGCCGGGGACCGAACCCGAGCAAGACCCGGGACCGCGGGCCUAGCAAUGACUCUACUCCCCCACCUGACUCUGCCACUUUCGGGUAGGCCUUGCCGCCUCUGGGACCUGGCUCUGUCCAAUGUGCACAUUAUCACUCCUACCCCCCAUCUUGCUGUCACCCUCGGGGUUAGCCUCGCUACCAUGGAUAGUAUUCUGUGUUGGGCAUGGGUUCAUUCCUUGCUGUGGAGACCAGCUUCCCCCUCCCCUUAGAUCUGAUUCCUUCCCCUAGGCCUGACCCUGCCCCUGGGCCUUGGCAUUGGGGCCUGGCCCUUUCUGAUGAUUCUGAGCCUGACCCAGGAGAUUGGCUCCAGCCCCUGGUGAAUAGCUGCUCCUUGAUGAUUCCACCCGGGGCUCACUGGUCCCCGCGUUUCCUUGAGCUCUGCCUUUCUGAGUUUGGUUUCUGCUCACAGGGGCGUGUCCUGAUUCUUCCCACAGGAACCCCAGGAUCUGGCACAAAUUUCCUGGCAUCUUCCUUCACUUCCUUGGUCCUAGGACCUAUGGUCCUAGUUGCAGUUUAGGAUUUUCCCCCCCUAGACUGGGUCCUUUUUCUGCUCGCCGGGCUUGGCCCUAGUUCACCUCCUGGUUCAAGUUUUUGCUGUGCCAUCUCCUGGCUCUUCCUCCUUGAGCUUAGCGCCCUCCCCUCAGCCUGAUCUUGUUUCCUGCAGCUAUACCCUUAGCUGUAUGGACCCAUCCUGUUUAUACUACCUACCUUGGGCUCUGGCGACUUCCUCAGGCCCAAAAUGAUGCCCCCUCCUGACCCAAGGGGGUCUUCCUCCUGACCCUCCAGGCCAAGAUGAUGCUCCCUCUCAACUCUCCACGCGAAGGUGGCACCCCGCCCCCCCCCCCCCGCCCCCCCGACUCUCUGGACCUAAGGUGAUGUCCUUCAGGCACUUAGGGCCUAAUUCAGCCCGGCCCUGGUGCUUCGCAAUGUGACACUACUUGGCAGAUAAGAACCACCUUCAGGGUGUUCACUGUUGGUUCCUGGGCGCUAAAAGGACUUGGAUUUCUGACUUGCCUCAGGGGCUCUGGUUAGCAGCCUCUUUCUGCUCCCUUCUCACCUGCUCCCUCUUUGGUCCCAGCUCUAAUCCCUCAGCCACAUUCAUACUUACUCCCCUCCCCUGAGCCUAUUCCCUGCCCAUCUCCCAUCCCAGCCUGAAGCUGAGAUCCGAGCCCCUAGGAUGGAGAAAUGGGGAAGAGCUCUCUAUGGCAGAUUCAUUAAAACUCAAAACAUUUCCCAAUAUGGUCGAUUCCUCUUGUCUCUACUUUUAAGUUGGGGUUAGGUUGGUUGGUGGGUUCUCUGAGAAUGGGGGUCCCAAGACUUAU